AUGGAUCCAGACGAGGAUGACCCCGAUCCAUUCAUGCCGGAGGACGGUUUCAACUCAGCACACGACAGGGACCUUACAGAUGUUGCCCCUCAUCUGAUCACGAUAUAUGCGCUGGUCUCAUGGUUACACCUACAGUUCCAUCUUCCACGAGCAGCGUGCAACGCUUUACUGGCUAUUUUCGGAUGUAUCCUCAUGGCCCUAUCUCCAGCAAUUGACACUCCUUUCAUCACACUGCAAUCAAGCCAUCGUGUUCUGGGGGUCGAAAAGAGCAUUUUUGUCCUUUCGGUAUGUCCUACAUGUUGUGAUGUCUUCCCCCCUGCUGGAUCCACGAAAUCACACGACAUUUGCACGCUUUGUGGAGUGGAUCUAUUCCUUCCAGAUGCAACGAAGUGCGGAAACCAGCGUGCUACGAAAACACCGAUCGUAAAGUACCCAUAUCUUCCUAUUUCUGAUCAGAUCAAGUCGCUACUAAGGAUCCCGGGCCUUGAAGCAUUGCUAGAUGGCUGGCGCUUGAAAUCUCGCACACCAGGCGAGUAUAUAGACAUCUUCGAUGGGGAUAUGUGUCGGACCCAGCUCAAAGACCCCGACGGAGCACCUUUCUUUUCGAACCUUGCGCACGAGAAGCACGGUACACACGGUGAACUUCGUAUAGGUGUUAACCUAGGUGUUGACUGGUUUUCAUACAUCCGGAGCAAUAUCGCACCAUCGCAUUCGUCAUGCCCUACCUCAUUUUCCAUAUGCAACCUACCGCCAGAAUAUCGCUACCGAACAUCAAACCUAAUGUGCACGAGCAUCCUACCAGGCCUGAAGGAACAGAACCCAGAUCAAAUUCAGCGCUACCUUCGAACCAAUCGUCGUGUUGUACGUGUUAUUCUGGUGGCGGUUGUUUGUGAUAAGCCCGCAGCACACAAAAUAGGGGGUUUCGCAUCCCAUUCACAUACGUGUUAUUGCACAGCUUGCUGGAUAACAUCCGCUCACAAAGCUAAACCUCAGGCAUUUGAGCAGGACGCAUUUCGACCACGAACUAAUCAAGAACAGCGUGAACUAGGCGAACGCUAUCGAAAGCUAGAUAAUCCAGCUGCACGCAAGAAUUUCGUAAAGGAGUUCGCCACACGAUACACGCAACUUGCUCGACUUCCUUAUUUUGACCUCGUCAAGCAGAUUGUGAUAGAUCCGAUGCAUAACCUCUUUCUUGGGCUCGUCAAAACACAUUUUUAUAAUAUCUGGGUGCAAACCAAGAUACUACGUGCCAAUCACGAGCUACAAAUAUUCCACGAAAUGCUCGCUGAUUUCAUAGUUCCGGGGUCGUGCGGCAAGCUUCCAACCGACAUAGGGAUGCCGUUCGGUGGUUCUCUCACCGCCGACCAGUGGCUACUCUUGGCUACCGUCUAUGGACCGAUAGUUAUCCCCCAGCUCUGGAGUACAUGUCUUCCCUCGGAUGCUGACGACGAAGUCCUUCAACAGCGUGUUGCACUAAUCAAGAGAAUCGAAGCCGAUAAGGAUGUACAGGCGAACCGUAAGGCUGACGACAAGAAGGCUUUAGCUGAGGCCAAGAAGCAAGGCAAGGAUGCACUAGAAGAUGCCAAAUCAAAGAUAGCGCAAGAGAAGCUAGCUGCCGCCGAAGCGAAGAAACAAGCAAAGUUACAAGCGGCACUCACCAAACAGGCGGAAAAAGAGAGGCUGGCCAAGGAAAAGAGCGCUAGAAAGAUCGUUGAUGAUCUGUGUGAAGGCAGUGCACGACCUCCUCCUCCUCCCCCUCCGCAAUCUGCAGGACCUACUCAGGCAGACGAAGCCAAUGAUCUAGAAGACGCAAAAUUUUCACUUCAUCCUGAUGAUCCAGCUAAUUUUCUGAAGCUGUCUGCAGCACUCCGUAUCUUGAUUCAACGAAAGUUAUCGGAUGACGAUAUUGAUCGUGCAGAUGCUUUGAUACGAGAGUACAACGUGGAGCUCAUACACCUUUACGGCUCUGGUGUUAUCAAACCUAACCAUCAUUUCGCUACCCACAUCAGCGCCUGUUGUCGCAAUUUUGGCCCCCUGCACGACUUUUGGACAUUCUUAUUUGAGCGUCUCAAUAAGGUGUUGAAAUCAUUCAAGACAAACAAUCACGCGAACGGCGAGCUCGAAACGACAUUUUUCCGUGAAUUCCAAAGGACAUGUGAGAUCGGGAGACUGACAUACACUUUACAAACCUAUCCUGAAGAUUCACUUCCUCGUCAAGCCGCUAUGCACAUGCUCAAGGCCACCAAUGAAGAACGAGGUACCGUCGCAGGGCUCACAGCCUUAACUCGGGAUCUUGACGAUACGAGCGCUGAUGGUGAUCAGAUGUAUACUUUAAGCCCUCGUCACCAGACAAAGCAAAUGUCGUCAGACACAUAUCGACUACUGGCCCGCACUAUUUGCAUUCGGUUUCCUCUUACACCUGUUCACUGCUGCUAUGAUGCUCCUAUUGUCCCUCACAGCAUUCCCUUAGAUCACAUGGCCGUCUUCUUCGACUAUGUUGUCAUUCGUGGCAAGCGCUACAAUGUGUCUCGUACCACCGGCUCAAAUAACUCUUCAUUUGUGCAUGUUCUCAUCCCUCAGACUGACGCCGCUCCAAUACAUGCAUAUGGUGAGGUCCUAGAAAUUUUUCAGUACACGCAGAACUUCCAUGGUGUUGGCAGUCCAAUGUGGUUUGUCCGCAUGCGUUGGUUUGUCCCUUGGACAGGAGAAUGCGAAGAUAUUUGGAGAACCUUGUGA